CAAUGCGGAAUUUUCUAUGCGGGGCACUGCCACUGCUCAAUACUGUAACGUUUUACGUGAUUGCAAAAAAUCGUGGUAUAUAGUCAGAGCUUCUGAGUUGAUGAAUCAUUCUUGUUUAUAGGGAGGGGUACAAUAAGGCUACUUCGGGAUAAUGGAGGAGGCUUGGGAAUUAAUAUCUGAAGGCUCCAUGCCAAAUUCUUUGUUUACAUCUCUAACCAGUGGAAAACACCUCGUUGAUUAAUUGGAUUGCACAACUCUAGGCCAGUAGGCCGCCGCUUACAAAACUAAUCGGAUCAGCCAUGCUGCACUGGAAUGCAAGCGUGGGCGGAUCAGCCCUACUAUUAGCGAGCUGCGUGUGUGGGUGGCUGACUAGUAUAAGGUUCUGCAGCAAAACGCAUGCCUCAGGAGGCGUAGACGUUAUUAUGGUGUAGUCGUUGCAGUUUUAGUCGAGCCACAAAGAGAGUUUUGCUCACUAAGAUAACACGUUCAGUCAGACGAUGGCUGCAAGAUUGCUUCUGUUAGCGACGGUGUUUGCCGGACAGCUCCUAGCCGGCUGGAGUAGCGAGUCGCACUUCGCGGUGUACGAGGGAGAGUGGGAGACGUGCAAACGAAUCAACUCCAGCAUGUCGUGCUACCAGAAACGAGACGUGUACUGCCGUGCAGUGGACAGCCGAAAGCCGGCUCCGUGGAGACACUGCUCUGCGGGCGGGAGUAAAAUUCGACCUGAGACCGCGAAAGAGUGCCGUCAGUGCCAACAAGACUGCGUCGUGACCAUGUGGAGCGAGUGGACGCCCUGCUCCAACAGAGACGUGUACACGACUCGGAAUCGCUCCGUUGUGGCUCCGCAGUUCCAAGACGGGAAGCCGUGCCCGGCACUGCGAGAAAGAAAGAGGUGCGAGAGCUUAGCCAUGAUUGCGGAUCUGGAUCGCCGUCAGUCUUGGAAGCUAGGAGCCGUGGGUGGAGUGCGAACCGUUGGAUAAUCGUGACUGCGGCGAGGGGAAGCGUACACGUUCCGUCGACUGCGUGGAUUUGCAAGGCAGGACUGUAAACCAGACACUCUGCCUACAAGAGGAGGCGUACCGGCGCGUUCUGCCUCCUCCGCUGGCCCAGCUUUGCGAGGUUCCGUGUCCAUGUCUGCUGAGCGGAUGGAGCGAGUGGAGCAGACCCACCCCCGACUGCAGCCUCUCCACCGCCGGCCUCGCCAGUCGUCGCUCGCGCACCGUCGAGCGGCACCCAACACUCGGAGGUCAGCCCUGUGGAGCUCUGGAAGAGAUUGAGAUGAGCUUAGGCGAGGUUCAGUGUCCGACAGUCCGCUGGGAGACCUCGGGCUGGUCUGAAUGCACCGUGGAAGACGAAGACACGUCUUGCGGUGCUGGAUACAGGAGACGUUACAUUUACUGCAUGGAAGAAGACAUGGAUGGUGUAGCGAGACAAGUAGAGCCAGAGAGAUGCAACUCUACCGAACAGCCAACUAGUCUUGAUCCGUGUCACGUACCUUGUGUCCAACAAUGCAGGGUGAGUGAGUGGACCGCAUGGAGCCACUGUCCCAAUGAUACCUGUGAAGCAAUCCUCUCUUAUCGAAAUCGAACAGUGUUGGUUGAACCGUACGCAUACGAAUGUCCACAUCUCGCAGAGGUGCGGGAGUGUCACUGAUUCCAUGUGCCCAGUGGGUCCCUGGUGAGUGGUCGAGUUGCUUCCCCAGUUUCGACCGAGAGUGCGGAUGGGGAAGUCAGUCACGAGACAUCCAAUGUCGAGACGCUGCAGGGAACGAGAUUGUGAAUGGGAACGACUGCGAUCAUCUCGAUAACCUAAACCAGGUGGAGUCUUGCUACAAACACUGUCGGAACGACACUUGCGUAAUCUCAGACUGGGGAGAGUGGUCCGCCUGCUCUGAGACAUGCGGAAACACCCAGGGAGUCCAGACAAGGUCCCGCUAUGUUGCCGUUAACACUGGCAGCUCGUGCAAUCACCUCGAAGGGGGGUUGUCCCAGCAACAGAACUGCACAGUUGACACUCCGUGUGAGUUCCCUGUGUUCCACAUCGAGUACAGUCAGUGGGGAGAGUGUCUCGUACCUGCCAAUGCAACCAGAGACGGCAAGAUGUGCAAUGGUGUCAGAACCAGAACUGCUACUUGUUUCAGAGACGAGGAGGAAGUAACGGACAAUGAGUGUGUGAUUGGUUCGAGAGUUGUUGAAGAGCCCAUGUACUGUGCCUUGCUCCACCGACUGUAUCAUGAGCGACUGGUCGCCCUUCUCCAAGUGUUCCUCAUCAUGUCUUCAAACGAGGAGGCGGAGACUACUGGAAUUUGGAGACGGCUGUCCAUCUGUGGACAGCAGCGGAUUUGAAACCGAGACAGCCCUCUGUGACUGUGGCAGUGUGUACCAAUGGGUGGCUGGAGACAGUUGGAGCUCCUGCCAGGCGUUCCCCACUCCCCUGUCACAACUUUCACAGGACUAUAUUGACUCCCCUCAUUCCUGACCCGGGAGCUCUCUGUGGACAGGGCUCUCAGAGCAGAGUUGUUGUAUGUCGAAAUGAAGAUGGAGCCGUUGUCGACGAGAGACUCUGCGAUAUUCGGACCAAGCCUCCAUCAGUCAGAUCCUGCCAUGUUAACUGCAGCCAGAGAUGUGUUGUCACCGACUGGACCAACUACAGUCUAUGCAACGGGAGUGCCACGAUGCAGCGGCGGACUCGACAGAUCCUUUCUUUCACAGGGGUACAACAAGUACCUGGAUAAUUGUCCGGAGCUCCUCAGCGUUGCUCAGGUUGAUGAACAGAGUUGCCCGUCGCACGACUUUAGCAAGUUUUUCUCGACAAUCAUCUAUGACUUUGAGGAGCUCCACAGUUGUUACCUCCCUGCGGACAAGGUUUGUGGGCCGGGGGAGAGAUACCGCACCAUCGGCUGCAUCAACACAUCUGUUCCAGAGCCAGAUAGGACUGCCGUCUCUCCAGAUUUCUGCAGCAGACAACCCUCGUCCGACACGGUCCAGGUCUGCAACGAUAACUGCAACACUGACUGUGAGUAUGCCCACCCUGGGUGGUCCGUCUGGAGCCCGUGCUCCGUGACGUGUGGGACUGGCAUCCAGACAAGGACCAUGACAGUGCAGAGGAACCCGCGAGGACAAGGGCGACGCUGCGGUCACCUGAACGAAACCACGACCUGCGAGAUGCCUCCCUGCGAGUUCUUCAAGUAUUCGUACACAGAUCGCGGCGUGUGCCGACCUCUCAAUGAGACUAUGGGCUGUGGAAAUGGAGUAUCCACUUCCGACCUUGUCUGCCUUGUGAACGGAGUUGCCCGGCCGAAUACGUCUGCCUGUGAGCCCGCUCUUGGACUCAAAGCACCACAGAGGUUCUUUGUCUGCAGUGUUCCCUGUGACGGGGAGUGUGUGUGGAGUGAGUGGAGCACCCUCCAAUGGUGCCCAGACUGUCGCAGCGGGUGCUACAAGAGGACCAGGCACAUUCUUAGAUCUGGUGACAACUGUGAGGGAACGACGGAGCAGUUCAGGCCGUGCCCGAUGGACGAAGCGUUCUGGGGGACUGAUGAUUGGACGGACUGCAUCGUGCAGGGGGCACCGCAGGAGUACUGUGGGCCUGGGAUUCAGAGGAGAAAGGUGGAGUGCAGACAGUUGAACAAGGGUGGCACUUACGAUGGCGUUUGCUCUCAUCUCGUUAAACCCGAAACGGCCAGGGGUUGCAGUGUAACGUGUCCAGUUGACUGUGUUGUGGACACAUUCAGCGAGUGGUCCAGUUGUGGCGAAUGUACCUCUGAUCUGCGUGCCACCGCCACACGCAAACGCCGCAUUCUCGUAUCGCCCGAAGACGGAGGAAGAAGCUGCCCCCAUCUGAUGGAAGAGAAGGCCUGCCCGAAUCUCGGGUGUGACGAGUUCUUUGUCGAGACAAACUCCUCGGCUCUGGACUGCACUGCCGAGGGAAAGGAUGGAGUUUGCGGGGCAGUAACCCACAACGUUCUUCUGUGUAGAAAUAACACACAGUAUGUUGAACUGGAGGAGUGCCUGAACGCCAAUGCCAGUGGGAAGAUAGUGCACAAUGCGGAGCUCCUCAGUCGCCACGCUGACAUGUACUGCGAGAUCGAGUGCCCGGCUGUGGAAGAGUGCCAUUUCACGGAGUUCGGGCCGUGGUCCGAGUGCCUCCACAUCUGCGAUUGGUCUCCGGAGGACACGUUCCAGUUCCGGACUCGGACAGUGCUCGCCUCGUGGGAAGGGAGUCAAGAAGCGUGUCACAGAAACCAGCAAGAGGUGCGGGUGUGCCCCUCAAUUUUCAGAACGACAAACGAUACGCAAGAGGAAGAGAAAUGUAUUAAGUUUGACUGGGUCGCAUCGAUCUGGUACUCUAACAACACUCGAGACGUGAAAUGUCACGGUCGUGGCUGGCACGUUGAAGACUCAGCGUGCAUCGAAUCCCUCCACCCGGUCACCAAGAGGAACACAGAGCUCAAGGGAGUCUGCAACUGCCCGUUCCUCAGCGAAUGCAACGGAGUGACGACCGAGUGUUUUUGCGAGGAGAACUUCGAGAUGGUGGGCUCUCUGUGUCUCCCUACCGAGGGCUGUGUCGAUAACCCAGAGUUGAUGGAGAUGUCGCAGCAGUGUCUGCUCCAUGAGGAGUGCAGCACCACGGAUACUGCGUGUGUCCCAAGGACGAAGACUGCCCCAUCCUGCCGACACCCACAGAGAGUGUUUUCCCGACUGAGACUGUCACCGUGACGACAAAGGGGGUGGAGCCGGAUUCGAACGGGGAAGAGACCAGUACAAAACCAUCGGAUAUUCUGAUGAUAGCUCUGAUCGUGUCCGUCCCACUCCUCAUCUUCAUUGUGAUAUUGCUGGUCGUCACCAUCUGCACCUGCAAAUGCCGUCAACAUCUAGAAAAGAAACAUCGCAGAAGACCGCCUCCUGUCAUCCUCCACCAGAACCAGAGACUCAACAACCAAUCAGAUACCUCCGCCAUCAAACCUCUCCACGACCUCAAGGGCGGCGGGGUCAGAGUUCAGGAGAUCCACCCGGAAACGACCCCUCACCAGCACAACGGCUCAGCCAGCAGUGGCUUUGUGGAGGAGCUGGAGCAUUACGCCCACACCAGCUUCAAUGGUUACUCGCAGACCCAGAGCGAUAUUGACGAGGCCGCGUUUGCCGCCGCGGGUAACGCCUAUGCUCCCUACCCACUCCCAGACGAUCCUCCAUCCGUCCCCUUCACCCCAACUACUCCACACCCUCCCUACGUCCCCUAUGAGGUAUAUAUAUAACACCAUCUCAACCCCUGUUGGGAGCUACUGUAUAUAAAUUUAAACCCUUCCCUGAAUGCGUAGUUUUUCAUGUGUAACGAUGCAUCAACCAAAAUACCAUAAUGUUUACGUGAUUCUCAUGUAAAUACGCGCGAACACACGCACGAAAUAUUCAACUGCUUGCCAAAAAUGCGUAGCAUUCUUCCACUCAAGAAGAAUUCUACAUAACCCCUGAAAUAGCUUCAUUAAUAUGGACACUUUAUUUGUGCCAA